UGCUCGCAGGCUAAAAUAGAGCUCCACUGGAAUCUGGAUUCCAAGAAUCAAAUUUUCGUGAACAAACUUUACCACAACUUUAUACUUUAAUUUUAUAAUGCGAUCGUUUCGUUGAAUUUAUUUAGCCAAGGUGCAAGUGAAGCUGAAGCGAGAAAGGCAAUGGCGAAUGUUUCACCCGACAGUGGUUCUGUUGAUGAAAUCACAGAUCUUCUCACUUGCUCAUUGUGCUCAAAUAUUUUACAUGAUCCAAAAAGCUUGACUUGUCUUCAUAAUUUCUGUAAAGGAUGCUUAGAAAAGUAUGUUGAACGUCUUCAUGGUGGUGACCAAAACAUUGAGACAUUUCCAUGCCCUAAAUGUCGCUUAGAGUUUACCUUUAAAUCACAUCAAGAUUUGGCUGAAAUGUCAAGUAAUUGCUUCAUCAAGAAUUUGCUGGAUAUUUUGGAGAUUCAACAGAGAGCCAAAAGUUCUACUGAAUGUUUCCGCUGCAAAGAUCCUGCCAUCAAACACUGUUCAUCAUGUGAAAUCUUCAUGUGUGACAAAUGUUCAGAAUCGCAUGACAUAUGGCCAGCUCAUAAGAAUCACAAUGUUCUAUCAGUACAACAACUAAGUGAUCCUGAGAGUCAAAUGAAAAUGAGAAGGAAGCUUCACUGCAUGAAACACAAGGACAAAGUGCUGGAUUAUUUCUGUGAAAGUUGCAAAGAACUUUGCUGUAUUGACUGUGUUGUAUUAAAUCAUCAGAAAUCCAAUCAUUUGUGCAUGGCUAUGAGUGAAGUUGCACAGAAACAAAAAGAAACAUUGCAAUUAAGCUGCUCAACGCUUGAUAAGAAAUUAUCGGAAGCAACUGAAGCUUUGACUAAUAUUGAAAGUGUAAUGAAGUCUCUUGAAGAAAAUGCCAAAACUGCAAAAGAUCAGAUCAAAGAACAGAAAGAAAAAGUUUUGAAGAUUGGGAAAGUUGAUGAGAGAACAAAGGAAAUGAAUGAAGAAGUGGACAAGGCUUAUGAUGAAUUACACAGUGAACUAAACAAACAGCAUGGUGAAAUUAAAGAUUAUCGUGACAAACUAGAAGCUUCAAGGCUGUUGCCUAAAAGUCUCCUGAAGAGGGGAAGUAUUGAAGAAAUCCUUUCCUUGCAAAAACAGAUUGAUGAAAGUAUUGAAAAGUUGCAGGAAGAAAAGCCAGAGGAUCUAACAGCUGUCAAUGAUGGCAAUAUUCAGCAUGUACCUGGUGAUAUUAAUAAUAUCAAUGUUGAUGAAGUUGUUGAUAAAUUGGGACAUAUUGAAGGACAUGCAUGUAGUGGACUUUUCAAUUUAAGAAAUUCGUCCAGUAUUUUAAAAGGAGAAAUUGCCUUCAUUAAACAACUUCAGAAAUGGUUGGGAAAGAAAUGUAAUUGGAAUCUUUGUUACCGUGCUUCAAGAGAUGGUUGGGGAGCCCAAGAUUUUCACGCCAAUUGUGACAAUAAAGGACCGACCGUGGUUUUGGUGAAAGCCAAUAAUUGUAUCUUUGGUGGAUACACUGAUCAAAACUGGCAUUGCCAGGUUUAUUGUUAUGAGGAGGAUGACUAUUAUGAGGAGGAUGUCUAUUAUGAGGGGGAUGACUAUUAUGAGGGGGAUGUCUAUUAUGAGGAGGAUGACUAUUAUGAGGAGGAUGACUAUUAUGAGGAGGAUGUCUAUUAUGAGGAGGAUGACUAUUAUGAGGAGGAUGACUAUUAUGAGGAGGAUGACUAUUAUGAGGGGGAUGACUAUUAUGAGGAGGAUGACUAUUAUGAGGAGGAGUCUAUUGGGGAUGUCUAUUAUGAGGGGGAUGACUAUUAUGAGGGGGAUGUCUAUUAUGAGGAGGAUGACUAUUAUGAGGAGGAUGACUAUUAUGAGGAGGAUGACUAUUAUGAGGGGGAUGACUAUUAUGAGGGGGAUGACUAUUAUGAGGAGGAUGUCUAUUAUGAGGGGGAUGACUAUUAUGAGGAGGAUGACUAUUAUGAGGGGGAUGACUAUUAUGAGGAGGAUGUCUAUUAUGAGGGGGAUGACUAUUAUGAGGAGGAUGACUAUUAUGAGGGGGAUGUCUAUUAUAUGAGGAGAAUGACUAUUAUGAGGGGGAUGACUAUUAUGGAGAAAAUUACAGGUACUCGAACUGUUCAUUUCUGUUCUCGCUACGAAACAAAGACAACCUUGGUCCAUUUAUUGCCAACAUCAAACAAGGUCAGGAGCAUAAUGCAAUUUACUCUUCCACUUCUUAUGGGCCAGUCUUUGGUGGAGGUAAUGAUCUGA